UUGUAUUUGCUCUUUCGUUUUCACUCUUCAGUCUUGAAGAAGAAGAAAAGCUUCUUCUUUUUAGAAAGAGACACAAGUAUACAUAUAUAGACAGAGUGAAAUAUAUAUAGAUACAUAUAUAUAUAUUUAGAGAGGGAGAGAGAAAGAGAUCGGUAAAUAUGUUCAGGAACCAGUACGACACAGACGUGACGACAUGGAGUCCGGCGGGUCGGCUCUUCCAAGUGGAGUAUGCGAUGGAGGCGGUGAAGCAAGGUUCGGCGGCGAUCGGUCUCCGAUCGAAGACUCACGUGGUGUUGGCGUGUGUGAACAAGGCCAACUCGGAGCUCGCGUCCCACCAGAAGAAGAUCUUCAAGGCCGAUGACCACAUCGGCGUCGCUAUCUCUGGCCUCACCGCCGACGGCCGAGUCCUCUCCCGCUACAUGCGAUCCGAAUGCAUCAAUUACAGCUAUACUUACGAGUCUCCCCUUCCCGUCGGGCGUCUCGUCGUUCAGCUCGCUGACAAGGCCCAGGUUUGCACCCAGCGCUCAUGGAAACGGCCUUAUGGCGUUGGUCUGCUGGUAGCCGGCAUGGAUGAAUCUGGAGCUCACCUCUAUUACAACUGUCCAAGUGGAAACUACUUUGAAUAUCAAGCUUUUGCCAUUGGGUCCCGCUCACAAGCUGCAAAGACAUACAUGGAGCGCAAGUUUGAGAAGUUCACAAGUUCUCCAAGAGAGGAUCUGCUCAAGGAUGCUCUUUUUGCAUUGAGGGAAGCUUUACAAGGAGAGAAGCUCACUAGCUCGAUUUGCACAGUUGCUGUUGUAGGAGUAGGAGAGGCAUUCCAUAUAUUGGAUAAUGAAACCGUACAAGCGUUGAUUGAUGCAUUUGAGAUAGCAGGGGAACAAGCUCCUGCUGCUGAAGAGGUUCCUGCUGCCGAAGAGGGUGCUCCCGCUGAAGAGGGUGCUCCUACUGACCAGAGUGCUCCUGCAGACCAGGGUGCAGCUCCAAUGGAUAUCUGAUGAUGCAGGAGCUAGCAAACUCUUCAUCAUUGUCCCGGAAUGAGGUAGAAAGAAAUGCUUGCACAAAUGAGUUACUGGAAUAUGGAUGAAACCAUGAAUUGCCGCCAUUGUUUCUUGCUGGAUAUUUUUAAGUUGUGCGAUUUUAUCUUUCGCUACCUCAGCACAAACAUCUCAAAAAUUGCCUCUUGUUGAAUUUCAUUUAUACCAACUACUAUUGGACUAGCUUGAGUCUCUGAUCAAUUAAAAUUCUUAAUUUUCUUGAUGAAACUGCUGGUUAAAACGAUCACACUUCUGUUCGUAACGGGAAUUGAACUCCCGGCUGGUUAAUUUUCUUGUGUUGCAAGAAAAUGUAGUAGUACUCUCAGAAGUCAUUUUUCCUUGCAGUUGUAACUGGAAGUACCUAAUUCUCAAUCUAAUCAAUUUCUUGGGACUUUCCUCC